GUGAAAUCAUACCCGGAAGUUAAGAUUCCAGGAUUAAAAUGCGCAGGAAAGGCUUGGCUGCUUGUGCAAUGUUUUUUCACGUAAAUGUGUUGUCAGUUCUACUGGACGAACCCUUGAAUGCAAUCAGGCGCACACUUAGCAGCUAAUAGGAGAAGUAGGUGCUUGCCGACGGUUAAAUACAUUUCCUGUGUCCCGCAGUUGUCAAACGCACUGGCUCUAAUUGGAAGCACCUCCUCUAAAAUUAAGUUCACUGCGCUGUUUUUGUGGAGAUGCCGAAAUUUUAAUAUACCUGAGGAAUAAUGAGGGUUAACACUAACAGUGUAUAGCACAGCACAUCACUAUGGAUCAUGGACGGAAAAAGAAGCUGACAUUUUUUACCAUUGGACUCAUCUUUUUGUUGACCGGCAUAGAAUAUGCUGUGAUACUGCCCACGAUAUGGAAGUAUUUGCAAACGUUAGAUGCACCACCGUAUUUCUUGGGUUUGACCCUGUCAGCAUUCAGCCUGAGUGGCCUCCUUGCGAGUCCACUGUUUGGCCACUGGUCUGACAGAACGAGAACCACCAAGAAGAUUAUUUUAUUUUCCAACUUUUUUGAGAUUGUGGGUAACUUCAUGUAUUUUCUGGGCUUUUCUAAGUGGCUCAUACUGUCGAGCAGACUGGUGGCAGGCAUAGGCUCAGGCGCUGGGUCGUCCAUAUUUGGUUUGCUGACCAGAAUCACAGCCCCAGAAGAUCGCGCCACUGUGUUUGCCAUUGUCAUGGUCUGUCGACAAGUAGGCCUUCUGAUUGGUCCAGCAUUUAACAUCGUCCUGAGAUUGUGUGAUUUCCACCUGGGUCCUUUUGUGGUCGAUACAUUCACUGCACCAGGGCUCUUCAUGUGUUUAUUGUGGAUUCUUAUUCAAUUCGCUGUGGUCUUCAUGUACUGGGAUCUCCCACCUCUGCAGAGGGGGAAGGAGACUCUUAAAACCAAGUGCAAUGACAUGGUGAAUGAACAAACAACGGGAGAGGAAGCUGAGGAUGAGGAGGAUGAGGAUGAGGACAAGAUUGAGGAUGAGGAGGUAAAGCCACUAAUGCAAUCCCAGGAGCUGGCAGGCUCCUAUGGCUCUGCGGCUGCCACUGAGUCGCACAGGAAUGUCACUACUGCAACUCCUGAUGCAACCUUGAAUCAAACGUCACCAUCUCCUGAGCCACCAGUGUCUCACAAGUCCUCAAAUCCCUUUAAGAACUUCAGUCUCUCACGAGAGUUCCUGAGAGAAGAGGUGAUUGUGCUGCUCUCUGCUCAAUUCAUCACCCUGUUUAAUCAAACGGCAUUGGAGACCAUGGUGACACCACUGACCCAAAAGUACUUCAACUAUGGAGAGUUGGAGAACAGCCUCAUGUACUGCCUCUGUGGCGUGGAAGUGAUUGCUGGCUUCCUGUUGGUGCGCUGGCUGAGUCUCCGUGUCACUGAGCGAGUGAUUUUGGCAGUUGGCCUUUGCAUUUGCAAUAUUUCCUGUAUCUGGUGCCUCAUCUUCCUGGCUAAUCCUCUAGGUAGUUUCCCAUGGCAGCUGGCAGAGUUUGUGAUUGGCUUGUUUCUGCAGCUUCUGGGUCUGCCGUUUGUAUCUGUUGCCCAGGUUUCCCUCUUCUCCAAAGUUACCUCUGUAAAAACACAAGGUUUCAGCCAGGGAGUGCGGCGCUCAGUCGGAGGUCUAGCGACCAUUCUGGGUCCGCUGUGGGCUGGUGGCCUCAUUGACAAUAUGUAUAUCAUGAUAGGGGUGAUGAUGGCACUGCUGGUACUCCUAACGAUUAUGCUGGCCUUCUCUUACGAGCAGCUAGUUGAACCUUCUCAAGAGGAAGAAGCGGAAAGCAGAGUCAUCUGUUAAUUAAUAUUAUCUGGGCAAAGCGGUAUGUCCUGUUUUGAACCGUAAAGUUCCUUGGCAGUUACACUUUUCCCUGCGGAGUACCACUGGGCAUCAAUGCACACAAAUGAAGACCGAAGGACUGGUUUGGUGAAUAUCUACAUUUCCCAUGGAAAUAUGGAAUUCAAGUGUCGGGGUUUGCCCAAUUGUCAUCUUACAUGUGCGCCAGCACUGACAAUAUUUCCUGAUUUAAAUUAUGGGUUAAAAAAAAUGUCGGUACAUAUUGCAUUAGAAUUGUUCUGCAUUGAACAGGUUCCAGGUAUAUUCACCUGCCAUAUAAGCUGUUACUUUAGCUAAUGCUAUUCAUGAGUUGCUUUCUUGCUUUUAAAGCGGCGCAACAAUAAUUCUGGUCAUGUUGUGUUACUUAAGUUUACCGCUAGUGGGCACACUUAGACUUCUAAUUGGAUGACAAUGUAACUUAUUGCUUCUUCCAAGCAAGUCUGUCAGGGAAGUAUUUAUUGUCAAACGUUCUUGUGAUUUUAAUUUUUGUGGCAAAUGGAAAAUUGUUGUAUAUUCAGUUAAAUGUGUUACUGCAUAUUUUAAGGUUUAAUCGUGCACAUAUCACAAACCCCCAAAAUACCACGAGCAGAGAUUUGUUUUAAGCCCAAUUGUAUUUCUCUGAAGAGUAAUUAUGAAUGGUGACUGAACUAUUUCAGUGCUUUUGCUGUGUCGCUCCCAAUUUUGAUAGAACUAACCCUGUUUGCUCUAAAUAUUUUCUCUACACGUUAUGCAUUAUUAAAUUGUACAUUUCAACAUAAUGUGUUGUUAAUUUGCAUAAUUUAUUUCAAUUAAAUCAUUUGAUUCUUCAUACGGAACAGAGAAAACAGAAUGUUAUAACUAUUGACAAUAAAUGGCUCUACAAUUAA